AGUGUUCCUUGUGCGGCGGAGAACAGCAAUCCGAGAGGCGUGUGUGAGAUAUUCGUUGAGAUCGUUGGUGCGCCUUCAGGCUUCGUUCGGUGUCCGGUCGUUCAAGAUGAGUGUGGAAAUUAUGUCCGAGCGGGUCGGCCUUGGGUGGCUGGCCGUUCCGACGGUCGUCUUCAUGACCCUGGUGGUGGUCGCCAGUGCACUGUUUCACCUGUGGAUGCAAUCGCGGCGAUACGUCCGGCUAGGGAACAAAAUCCCCGGACCGAAGGCAUAUCCGCUCAUUGGGAAUGCCAACAUGCUGCUCGGGUUGAACCACAACGAGAUCAUGAACCGGGCGAUGGAGCUGAGCUAUAUGUACGGAAGUGUUGCCCGGGGGUGGCUGGGAUACCACUUGGUAGUGUUUCUGACCGAACCGGCGGACAUUGAGAUCAUCCUGAACAGCUAUGUGCAUUUGACGAAAUCCAGCGAGUAUCGGUUCUUCAAACCGUGGCUCGGUGAUGGACUGUUGAUCAGUAGUGGGGACAAGUGGCGAUCGCACCGGAAGUUGAUUGCUCCGGCGUUCCACAUGAAUGUGCUGAAGACGUUCGUGGAUGUGUUCAACGAUAACAGUUUGGCCGUGGUCGCUCGGAUGCAGAAGGAAGUGGGCAAGGAGUUCGACGUGCAUGACUACAUGAGCGAAGUGACGGUAGACAUUCUGCUGGAGACGGCCAUGGGAUCGCAGCGAACCGGGGAGAGCAAGGAGGGCUUCGACUACGCAAUGGCCGUCAUGAAAAUGUGCGACAUCCUGCACACGCGGCAGCUCAAGUUCCACCUUCGGAUGGAUUCCAUCUUCAACAUGACCAAAAUCAAGCAGGAGCAGGAACGCCUGCUCGGCAUCAUCCACGGCCUUACCCGCAAGGUCGUCAAGCAGAAGAAGGAUCUGUUCAAAAAGAACCUGUCCGAAGGGAAACUUCCCUCGCCAUCGUUUUCGGAAAUCAUUGCCCGGGAAGAAUCAAAAGCAGCACUUCCCGUCAUCUCCCAGGGCUCCCUGCUCACCGACGAUCUUGAUUUCAACGAUGAAAACGACAUCGGUGAGAAGCGUAGACUGGCCUUCCUGGACCUGAUGAUCGAAUCGGCCAACAGUGGAGCCGAUUUGACUGAUGAGGAAAUCAAAGAGGAAGUGGACACCAUUAUGUUCGAAGGACACGACACCACCGCUGCUGGGUCUAGCUUUGUACUGUGCCUGCUCGGCAUUCAUCACGACAUUCAGGAUCGAGUGUACAAGGAAAUCUAUCAGAUCUUCGGAGAUUCCAAGCGCAAAGCAACCUUCAACGACACCCUGGAGAUGAAGUACCUGGAACGAGUGAUCUUCGAAACACUACGAAUGUACCCACCAGUUCCGGCGAUCGCUCGCAAACUGACCCAGGAGGUUCGGCUGGCUUCUCACGACUACGUCCUUCCAGCUGGAACGACGGUCGUCAUCGGAACCUACAAGAUGCACCGCCGAGCGGACCUUUACCCCAAUCCAGAUGUGUUCAACCCGGACAACUUCCUGCCGGAUCGCACCCAGAACCGUCACUACUACAGCUACAUCCCGUUCAGUGCCGGUCCGCGAAGCUGCGUUGGUAGAAAAUAUGCCAUGCUAAAACUGAAGGUUCUGCUCUCGACCAUCCUGCGCAACUAUCGGAUCGUGUCCAAUCUGAAGGAAUCCGACUUCAAGCUGCAGGGGGACAUCAUCCUGAAACGCACCGAUGGCUUCAGACUACAGUUGGAACCGAGAGGAGUCUAAUCAAUUACCAACCAACAGUAGAUAAGGCUGUGGCGACAACGAUGCUGGGAGCGUAUUGCCUUUUUAUGAUAUUGUUAAUUGAAUUGUUCGGUUCCCGAUCCGAAGGUAGAACCGCAAAAACAGUCGCUAGUUUUUCCCUCGCUUAUCCCAAAUGCUAUUUAUUCCUGUGCGCUUGCUUUUCUUGUUGUUAUUGAUUCCCCUUACGAGCAUACCCGAGAGAUAAUAAAACCUUCUCCGCAUA